UGAAGUAUUACAUUGUAAUGAAGUGAUUUUGCGAGACGAUGGCAUUCAUGAACUAUUUACCUUGCCCUACAUCGGUCAACACGCUCCACUGACUGUUCCUUUUUUUAGAGACCACACUAUAUAUUCACACACACCGCGCAUCAGUGCAACGUCAUACCACACGUUCGCCACGCUAUCCAUGCUCGUUUCACAUCCGGAUGGUGUGAGCUAAGAAAGUGUCCCACGCGCAACCUUGGGUCAAAGACCCAGGACACACGUACACACUCCUUGUCUGCACACGAACUGAAGCGAGGGCACCCACACGAUCAGCCAGACUCCUCCCUGCGAUCUAAUUGCUGCGAUCAACAACCCCCGUCUCCUCCCCUCCCCAAGACCGGAGGAAAUACUUACAGAAAUGUAGUGGAAAGUAUCAUGCAGGAGGGCACACAGAGAGAGGAGGGCAAUACACAUUUGCCGCCUAUCUGCCUGCCUACAUCUCAGGCGCACAGGGACGAGAUAUGCACUUAUGACAUGUCUCUAAGCGAAAAGUCACCAAAUCACGAAAGCGAGAGCACAGCCAGCACCUACCCAACAUCCUUCUCUCCAGCACCCGCCCCUUGCCACCAUUUGACGCCAGCGAAGGUGGAACCACCUCCACAACUGGCAACUGACCACUAGAAACUGACCGCUACGUGAAAUUACUAAGAGUGAGCUUCGACUGUGAAUGAAUGAAUAGAAAGUAUGACGAGACAGCUGUGCACCACUCGUACGUGAAGAUGAAAUCUACGACAAAAUCUACGAUAAGACGUUUGCCAGCCUCUGCCUAGACGUAGCACAGCGAUACAAACGCCACUGCCUGUGUGGGGCUCUCAAGCAGAGUAUAGGCAGGGACGCAGGACACAUACAAUUCUUCUCUGUACACGAAAAAUCAGAGCACGGUCACGGUCUGCAGUCUACAGAGAAAAACACCAGAAUGGAAUCAGUCCCCCGAUAACACACAAAGGAAAUGGCGGCGAAUGUGGUGGGAAAGAAUCAUGCAGGCACACAGAAAGCAAAACACAUGUGUGAGACAACCUCUUUAGGCAGCCAGCCACUGUCUGCAAUCAACGUCCGAAUCUCGGAUGGAGUAAAAAAGCAAGACCCAAAAUCUGGAGGGUGGUGAAGGCAGUCGUGCGCUCCCGGACAAACGGGAUCGUCAAGCACACAGAGGUGUAGGAAACGGAAGGUGGAGAAGACAAGGACAAAACGACAGCCGCAAUAGUGAGACAGCAGGGGGGGUAUAGGGUUAGGCUCGUCACGACGGAGAUGGACAUUUAGCCUCAUCACGACGAUGAGCCCGAGAAUGUCAAAAUCAACCGUAUCCACAGCAUCCCAACAAGAGGGGGCUGUGACCGACCAUAGAGCGUCGGAUCAAUUCUGCUUUCUGUGCUUCUGUUCCUUCUUGCCCUUCUUGUGGUUCUUAUGCUUCUCCAACAUCUUCUCGAAGCAUAAGAACCAUAAGACCGGCCCUCUUCUCUUUCCUUUCGCAUUUGCCGCACAGUUAGCGGGCUACACAUCACACGACAUAGGAUGCAUAUCUAUUCCUCCUGUCAUGUAACUCACCCCGCAACCGGCAAGGCCUAAGCCGGGUUCAUUUCGCUUCCCCUUAUUCGCCCUGCUGUUCAAUAUGACCUUGCCCUUCGCCUGGCCAAGCACGCCAAUCCAGAAGAAUAGAGCGCCCUUUCGGUUGUUGUUGAAGUCGUCGGGGUCCAGGCUGCAAACAUAUCGACCGUUGCUUGCAAGAACGCAAGCAAAUGUGUAUCGCCUUGAGGCGUACCAGCACGAGCCAAUGCUGUAAAAUAACGCCGCACCGUCCGUGCCGUCCGAAAAAAUUCAGUGGCAGGGCAGGUGCCUGGCAAGACAACACAAGGCAAGGAACAUACGACAAAAGCUGGCAUGACGUAACCACUGACCACUGCAGCACUCCUGGUUGUUGAAGCCGAAGAUUACAUGAUCCUCGAACUGAAGAGACAAGCACAUGCAGAAAAUGAAGACAUACAUUAUUGUCACUUACGUCAUCGUCACUGUCUGGGUGGAUACUAAUCUGCGCAGCGCGACAAGGACAUGAUGUUUGUUGAUGUAUCGGAUCGAUGUUCACUGAGUUUACUUAGCUUACCUCCCACGCGACGUCGAUGACGAAAUCUGGACCCUCCCCCGACAAGGAUGCCUUGACGACAUCUUCGCGCUCCCCAUCCUCGUUGACGACGAGGAAGUUCUGUCGAGAGACUACCGCGUCGCGCAACGUAGGGUCGCAAAUGUCAACUUUGCGUCCUCAGGAGGGUCGUUAAAGAAGCUGAAGAAGUCUGCAUCACACACAGAAGGAAAAAUUGGCUUCCUCUGCCUAGGAUCCCGCCUCACCAAUGCCACAUAUGCUAGCUGGUAUAGCUGGUGGAUGUGGCUCGGGGACAGGGUACUCAGCCGGGGUUAUGUCGAUGCUCUUAUCGACAUAACCUUGACAGGCACAUCAACGAGGCAGGCAUAGAAGGCGAAGAGGAAACAUGUACGUGUGUGUACCAGGCAAGCGGACUGGGGUAGUGUCGAGGAAUUUGACGACCGCCACAUCGCCAUCCUCUUCCAGGCUGUCGACGAGUGGGGUAUAAAGGUCGAAGAAGCCAUCCUUCACUGUAGUAACGGAGUCUGGGCACGUUAGCUGCGGCCAAACCCACCAGAAAUGACCUCUUCUGAAGAAACCGUCACUGUGUUAACUUGCCUUACCUUCGUCCCAGACUCCUCCUCAGGCGGAUCCAACAGGGCUUCGGUGUUCUAAUGAUGCACAUCAUUCCCUGAAUCAUUCGUGACUCUUUAUGUUCUCGUGUCUUCAGUUGCUGCUGGCGCGGGGGGCAGUCUGCAGCACGCAAGGUAAGAGAGCGCGUGGGGACACCAUGCCUUUACUCUUACUUGAGAAGAAACACUCGCCAUCCAAGGAUUGCUUCAUGGCAAUAUCGUCCCUCAAAGCCCGAUGGAAACGCCAAACGUCGACGAAACACAUUCCGCUGCGGUACAAUCCUCCUCUAGCACUUCGUUUCCGGCAGAGGAUGGGAUGCAACGCUCGUCCAUCGAAUUAUGUCUCCGCUCAUCUUAGCGAUCGUGGUCGUACUCAGGGCUGCGUGCCCUCGCGAAUUCGCAGUUGUGCACGCCGUCGAUUUGAUUUUGUGUGUCUCGGCCAAUGCGCGUUCCGGGGACGCUGGGGGAGAACGAAGCUCUCUUCGUCGGAGUGCAGCAGCGCCAAUUUAGCGGUCUUAAGCAUGCCAUCGCCGAUUUGCGGCUGCUUAGACUAUUGACUUACACGUCUUGACCUGGGCGCGCCGUGGGGCACGAUGUCUUGUCCGUCGCUUCACAACAUUCAAGGCAGCGCGCUCGUGUCAGGUCCAUUGUGCAAUUGCCAUUGUGCGUCGAUGGGCCUCGCCGCGAACGCGGCUCGACGAACGGUUACGAGGGGGGAGGGGCCCCCGAGUAAUGGGAGGCGAUCGGGAAGGGACACCAGGCAAAAUGUUGC